GGCCUGCGCGGGGCCCUAGCGCGGCGGGGCGGACGCUCCCGGCCCCGGCAUCGCGGACGGACGGGCGGGCGGGCGGCAUCGCGGCCAUGGCCAAGGAGCGGCGGAGGGCCGUGCUGGAGCUGCUGCAGCGGCCGGGGAACGCGCACUGCGCCGACUGCGGCGCCCCGGAUCCUGACUGGUCCUACACCCUCGGGGUGUUCAUCUGCCUGAGCUGCUCGGGAAUCCACCGCAACAUCCCCCAGGUCAGCAAGGUGAAGUCUGUCCGCCUGGACACCUGGGAGGAGCCCCAAGUGGAGUUCAUGGCCUCCCGCGGGAACAGCGCAGCCAGAGCCGUGUUCGAGUCCCGGGUGCCUCCCUUCUACUACCGGCCCUCGGCCUCCGACUGCCAACUCCUGCGGGAGCAGUGGAUCCGCGCCAAGUACGAACGGCAGGAGUUCACCCACCCCGAGAGGCAGGAGCCCUACUCUGCAGGAUACCGAGAAGGCUUUCUCUGGAAGCGCGGCCGGGACAACGGGCAGUUUCUAAGCCGGAAGUUUGUGUUGACGGAACGCGAGGGGGCCCUGAAAUAUUUCAACAGAAGUGACGCCAAGGAGCCCAAGGCUGUCAUGAAGAUCGAGCACCUGAAUGCCACCUUCCAGCCGGCCAAGAUCGGCCACCCGCACGGCCUGCAGGUCACCUACCUGAAGGACAACAGCACCCGGAACAUCUUCGUCUACCACGAGGACGGGAAGGAGAUGGUGGACUGGUUCAACGCGCUCCGUGCUGCCCGCUUCCACUACCUGCAGGUGGCCUUCCCGGGGGCCAGCGACGCAGACCUGGUGCCGAAGCUCUCCAGGAACUACCUUCAGGAAGGCUACAUGGAGAAGACGGGGCCCAAGCAGACGGAAGGCUUCCGGAAGCGCUGGUUCACCAUGGACGACCGCAGGCUCAUGUACUUCAAAGACCCCCUGGACGCCUUCGCCCGCGGGGAGGUCUUCAUCGGCAGCAGGGAGAGCGGCUACACGGUGCUGGACGGGCUCCCGCCGUCCACCCAGGGCCACCACUGGCCGCACGGCAUCACGAUCGUCACGCCCGAGCGCCGCUUCCUGCUGGCCUGUGAGACGGAGCCGGAGCAGCGGGCCUGGAUGGAGGCCUUCCGCAAGGUGGUGGACAGGCCCAUGCUGCCGCAGGAGUACGCAGUGGAAGCCCACUUCAAGCAUAAACCCUAGCGAGGACGGUCCCCGAGGCCCAGGGCUCUGGACGUGCUGGACGUGGCCGGCAAGGAGACGGCCGCAGGAGGAGGGAGCCGGCUGCACACCCCCCUCCCGCCCCCCCAGGCGGCCGGCGGGGGGGCCUGAGCUCGGCCCCCAGGACCUGUUUCUCUGGAACCUCUCUGUGGGCCUGACCGCGGACCCCGUCAUGCUGCUGCGCCCCGCCCCCCGCACUGGACCACCUUCCCCGAGGCCCCCCCCCCACCGCACCCCUGAUCAGGGCCCAGCCCUGACCAGGAGGCCGGGCUGGGGACAGAGCUGGCCUGCAUGCCUCUCCCCCUCGUG